AUGCGACAUAGCAGUCUUCGUGGUGUUGGUGAGACUGAAAAGACCGAAAAGAGUUUGCCAGUGAUUGAUAUGUCAGAAUUAACAAAAAAAUGGUCGGAUUGGUUUGAGCCUUCGGUAUUGGAUUGGUUGACUCAUUCAAAAGAUGAUGGUAAUAAUACUGAAAACGACAAAAAAUCUAUUAGAUAUAGUGAUGCUCCUAGCAUCAGAUUGCGUUCUACCGGUCGUCCAUUUUCUUUACAAUCGAUACAAUCAAUAUUAUCGGGUAAUCCGGAAGACGUUAGUGAUAAUGAAAGUGACGACGAGGAUGGAGAAGAAGUGAUAAAUCACAUGAAGAUUACAAUUGAUGGUGAUGGUGAUGACGAUACUAAUUCUAAUAUAACUUCAGAAACAAUGACUCCCUCUACUUAUCUAGCUAAAGUUAUAGAAGGUGAAACUGUUACAAGACAUUAUUACAAUAGAGAUCUUGAAUCAAAUAUUAAUAACAACAACAACAAUUUAUCACCUUACGAUGCAACAAACAAGAAAUCAACUGAUUUAGAAUCUAUCGUAUUAUCAACUGAAUUCUCUGAAAAAUCACAUGAAACUAUUAAUUAG